CAGCUCCUUUGAAUUUGCCUUUGAGCUCUCUCGGCUAGCCCUCAAGCACAAGACCCCAGAGAUUCAUCUCAGAUAUGCCAUGUAUCUGGAGGAUGAGGGCAAAUUUGAAGAGGCUGAAGCAGAAUUCAUCAGAGCUGGUAAACCCAAAGAGGCAGUCCUCAUGUUUGUCCACAACCAGGAUUGGGAGGCAGCUCAGCGUGUGGCUGAGGCCCAUGAUCCUGACAGUGUCGCUGAGGUACUGGUAGGUCAGGCCCGUGGGGCCUUGGAGGAGAAGGACUUUCAGAAGGCAGAAGGGUUGCUGCUUCGGGCCCAGAGACCAGGUCUGGCUCUCAAUUAUUAUAAGGAGGCUGGGCUCUGGAGCGAUGCUCUGCGGAUCUGCAAGGACUAUGUGCCUGGCCAGCUAGAGGCCCUGCAGGAAGAGUAUGAGCGAGAAGCCACCAAGAAGGGGGGAAGAGGUGUGGAGGGACUUGUAGAGCAAGCACGACAGUGGGAACAGGCUGGAGAGUAUGGCCGUGCAGUGGACUGCUACCUCAAAGUUCGAGACUCAGGGAGUGGCGGCCUGAUGGAGAAGUGCUGGAUGAAGGCGGCGGAACUGUCCAUCAAAUUUCUGCCUCCCCAGCGCAGUCUGGAAGUAGUUCGGGUUGUAGGUCCCCAGCUGAUUGGAAUUGGAAAGCACAGUGCGGCUGCAGAACUCUAUCUGAACCUGGACCUUGUCAAAGAAGCAAUCGAUGCUUUCAUCGAGGGUGAAGAAUGGAACAAGGCCAAACGGGUAGCCAAAGAGUUAGACCCGCGGUAUGAAGACUAUGUGGACCAGCACUAUAAGGAGUUCCUCAAGAACCAGGGCAAAGUGGAUUCGCUGGUGGGUGUGGACGUAGUAGCUGCCUUGGACCUGUACGUGGAGCAGGGUCAGUGGGACAAGUGCAUUGAAACAGCUACCAAGCAGAACUACAAGAUUCUGCACAAGUACGUGGCUCUGUAUGCAACUCAUCUGAUCCGAGAGGGUGGCUAUGCCCAGGCACUGGCCCUCUAUGUGCAGCACGGAGCCCCUGCUAACCCACAGAACUUCAACAUCUACAAAAGGAUCUUCACUGACAUGGUUAGCUCUCCUGGGACCAACAAUGCCGAGGCCUACCAUAGCUGGGCUGAUCUUCGGGAUGUCCUCUUUAACUUGUGUGAAAAUCUGGUGAAGUCCAGCGAAGCAAACUCAGCAGCUCACGAGGAGUUUGAGAUGAUGCUGCUGAUUGCUCAUUACUACGCUACACGAUCUGCGGCCCAGAGUAUUAAACAGCUGGAAACCGUAGCUGCCAGGCUCUCCAUCUCACUCCUGCGCCACACCCAGCUGUUACCUGCAGACAAGGCCUUCUAUGAAGCAGGCACUGCUGCCAAGGAAGUUGGCUGGGAAAACAUGGCUUUCAUUUUCCUCAACCGAUUUUUGGAUCUGACUGACGCAAUUGAGGAAGGGACUCUGGACGCUCUUGACCACUCAGAUUUCCAGGACACAGACAUCCCCUUUGAGGUGCCACUCCCGGCCAAGCAGCAUGUACCGGAGGCCCAGAGAGAAGAGGUUCGAGACUGGGUGCUCACAGUCUCAAUGGAUCAGAGGCUGGAGCAGGUUCUGCCCCGGGAUGAGCGUGGAGUCUAUGAGGCUUCCCUGGUAGCAGCGAGCACUGGGGUUCGGGCCCUGCCCUGCCUCAUUACAGGUUACCCCAUUCUGAGGAACAAAAUUGAAUUUAAGCGGCCAGGGAAGGCUGCUAACAAAGACAACUGGAACAAGUUUCUUAUGGCCAUCAAGACCUCCCACAGCCCAGUGUGCCAGGACGUACUCAAAUUCAUCAGCCAAUGGUGUGGUGGGCUCCCCAGCACCAGCUUUUCUUUCCAGUGACUGGUACAGCUGAGGCGGUUAGCUCUGUCCCACAUUAAAGCCCUGUAAGUGGUUGA